AAAUGAGAUUCAAAAAAAAAACAACAACAACAACACUGCUCUGUCUGGCAUAUAAUUGACAAUUGUGACGUCACUUGAAUAUUGCACUUUUUAUAUACACAACAAGUAAUAUCUCCUUGAUGGAUCAAAGUCCACAUAUGUUACAAUAUUUAGAGUAACAGUGAUAUUUAUUUUCAUUUAUUUUAUUCUGCAGUUGCAUCGACUCAAUUUUUUCACCUAAAUUGAGUUAAAUUUUUGGUGUAAUUAUAAAAUUAAUAACAAAAUGAUGUCAACAGUGUCAAAGGCCUUUGUAACAGGCCCUAAAAAUUACAACAAGUUUAUUAAUAUUACUUCGAGAUAUUAUGGAGCUCAAGCAGCAGCUAAAGUACAAAAAAAAGAAUCAAAAGAAACAAAUAAAAAAGAAACAAAAUCAUUUGUUAUGAAUAUAUUUAGAGGUCAAGUACAAACUGAUCAAGUAUUUCCAUUUCCAUCACCAUUAUCUCAAGAUCAAUUAGAUACCCUUAAAAUGCUUGUUGAUCCAGUUGAUAAAUUUUUCACUGAAGUUAAUGAUCCAGUUAAAAAUGAUGAUACUUCUGAUAUUGAAGAAAAAGUAAAACAAGGAUUAUGGGAAUUGGGAGCAUUUUCAAUGCAAGUACCUGAAGAAUUUGGUGGUUUAAAUUGUAACAAUACACAAUAUGGUAGAUUAGUUGAGGUAGUUGGUAAACAUGAUCUUGGUGUUGGAAUAAUGUUGGGAUCACAUCAGAGUAUUGGUUUUAAGGGUAUUCUACUUGUUGGUACACCAGAACAAAAAGCUAAAUAUUUACCAAGAGUAUCAAAUGGUGAAUAUGCUGCAUUUGCAUUAACAGAACCAAGCUGUGGUUCAGAUGCUGGUGCUGUUAAAUCAAGAGCAAUUAAAUCAGCUGAUGGUACACAUUACAUAUUAAAUGGUAGUAAAAUAUGGAUAUCAAAUGGUGGUAUUGCUGAUAUAUUUACUGUAUUUGCUCAAGUACCAAUGAAAGAUCCAGAAACUGGUGAAAUUAAAGAUAAAGUUACAGCAUUUAUUGUUGAACGUGGAUUUGGUGGUUUAACAAAUGGACCACCUGAACGUAAAAUGGGUAUUAAAUGUAGUAAUACAGCUGAAGUUUAUUUUGAUAAUGUUAAAAUACCAGCUGAAAAUGUAUUGGGUGGUGAAGGACAAGGUUUUAAAGUUGCAAUGAAUAUAUUAAAUAAUGGAAGAUUUGGUAUGGCUGGUGCAUUAUCUGGUACAAUGAUUGCAUGUGCUAAAAAAGCUGUUGAACAUGCAACAACAAGAGUACAAUUUGGUAAAACAAUUAAUGAAUUUGGUGGUGUACAAGAAAAAAUUGCACGUAUGGCUAUGUUACAGUAUGUUACACAAUCACUUAUGUAUAUGAUAUCUGGUAAUAUGGAUAGUGGAAGUCAAGAUUAUCAUUUAGAAGCUGCAAUAUCAAAAGUAUUUGCAUCUGAAUCAGCAUGGUGGGUUUGUGAUGAAUCAAUACAAAUUCUUGGUGGUAUGGGAUUCAUGAAAGACACUGGUGUUGAACGUGUUAUGAGAGAUUUAAGAAUAUUUCGUAUUUUCGAAGGUACAAAUGAUAUUCUACGUUUAUUUGUUGCAUUAACUGGUAUUCAAUAUGCUGGAAGUCAUCUUAAAGAAUUACAAAAAGCAUUUAAAAAUCCAGCAGCAAAUUUAGGUCUUAUAUUUGGUGAAGCUGCUAAAAGAGCAACAAAAGCUGUUGGUUUAAGUACACCACCAAAUUUUUCACAUUUAGUACAUCCAAAUUUAGCUGAAAGUGCUGGUCUUGUUGGUAAAAGUGUUGAAAAUUAUGGACAAACAAUUGAAGCUGUUCUUAUUAAAUAUGGUAAAGGUAUUGUUGAAGAACAAUUUAUAUUAAAUCGUUUGGCACAAGCAGCAAUUGAUACAUAUACAUCUGUUGUUGUAUUGAGUAGAGCAAGUAGAGCUGCUAAUUUAAAUCUUCCAACAGCUGAACAUGAAAUUUUAAUGGCACAAGCAUGGUGCCAAGAAGCAGCAAGUAGAACUGCAUAUAAUCUUAAAGUUGCUAAAUCAGAAAAAUACACUGAUCUAUUUAAAAAAUAUAAAAAAAUAUCACAAAAUGUUUGUGAAAAUGGUGGAAUUAAUCCAGCAGAUACACCACUUGGUUUUUAAUAUUUUUUCAUAAUUAUCUAUUGUUAGUUAUACUACUUAAUUAUUAUUAUUAACAUUAUUUUGGAAAUUUUAUAAUAUGAAAUUUGGUGCCUUUAUUAUACAAUUAUAAUUUUGAUAAAAUCAAAUUAUAUUGUUGCUGCAACGUACAAUGCAAUUUUUGAUA